AUGAAGCUCCCAAUCUUCAUAGUAGAUGCGUUCACAGCAACAGCUUUCCGGGGCAAUCCUGCCGCAGUCUGCCUUCUGGAGAGCACACUGGAGGAAGGCGCCCAUCAACAGAUUGCGAGAGAGAUGAACCUCUCGGAAACGGCCUUCAUCAGGAAACUGCAGCCGACUGACAGCUUCGCACAAAGUUCUUGCUUUGGACUAAGAUGGUUUACACCAGUGAGCGAAGUCCCCUUGUGCGGCCAUGCCACGCUGGCCUCUGCAGCUGUGCUGUUUCACAAAAUAAAGAACACGAACAGCACCCUGACCUUUGUCACGAUGAGCGGGGAGCUGAAGGCCAGAAGAGCAGAAGACAGGAUUGUCCUGAACUUUCCUCUCUACCCAGCCUGCCCCCAGGACUUCCAUGAAGUUGAAGACUUGAUAAAGGCAGCCAUAGGUGACACCCUGGUCCAGGACAUCCGGUACUCUCCAGACACCCGAAAACUCCUGGUCCGGCUCAGCGAUUCUUAUGACAGGUCCUUUCUAGAGACCAUGAAGGUGAACACCAAGUCUCUGCCUGGAAUUGACAAGACAGGGAAGGUGAGAGGCCUCAUCCUCACUCUCAAAGGAGAGCAUGGGGGGCAGACGGCCCCGUAUGACUUCUACUCCAGAUACUUUGCGCCAUGGGUUGGUUUGGCUGAAGACCCCGUAACAGGAUCUGCACACACUGUUCUCAGCAGUUACUGGUCCCAGCAGCUUGGGAAGAAAGAGAUGCGAGGUAGGAUGAGUCUUGAGUCUUCCCUUUCUUAUUUGCUUCAUUUUAAGCUUGUAUUUAUUCUGAUAUGCACUAGCUCCUUAAAAAUGCAAUAA